AGGUUCCUACCUUUGAUGUGUGAAAAGAUGGUGACCUACUGAUAACGAAGUUUUGUGAUAAAAAUUGUGAGUGAAGAACCUUUUCUAUCAUACAAACGUUAAUAUCUUAGAUACAGGGAAUGCAUUGGAGCUGGUUACACUUGCAACAAUCAUGAUGAAUACAUCUGUAUGUGUUACAAUUAUUUGAGUAUUUUAAUAUCCGAUCGUUAGAAAGGAUACCAAUAGCAGUAGUGUUUUUAGUAUGUGAAAACGAUAAAGUUUUUUAAAUCGUAUUGUACUGUAUUUAAUCGGUAAUGUGUGUAUUUACUACUAAUUAUAUAUGUAAAACAUACAUAUAAAUAGUUAAGAAAUUAUGAAUUCUCAAAAAUUAUCUUAUUAAAAUAUACUAAAUUGUAUACAAUGUCUCAUUGUGAAGAAGAAGUGGCAUCGUCUGGUUUUCACCAAUUAAGCAUUACAAUUGAAGGUGCUAUAUUAAGAAGUUCUACAUUUUUAAAGCCUAACCCUUACAUUGAAUUUUCUGUUGAUGAUAAAAGUCCUCGGAAGACAGAAGUUUCAAAAUCCACAUAUCAACCAAAAUGGAACGAGGAAUUUACAAUACUUGUAACUCCAUAUUCUCAAUUACAUUUUCGAUUGUUAGAUCACAGUACAUUCCGAAAAGAUACUUUAAUUGGAGAAAAAAAAAUAAGUCUUUCUCAAGUAUUAUCUCACUAUAAUGGGAAAUUAGAAAAUAUGGAAGUAACGUUUGAUUUAAUGACUGAAAAUAAACAUGAUUCUCAGUUAUGUAAGGUUGGAGAAUUGAUUACAGUAUUUGAUGGAUUAAGAAUUAACAUGCCAAAUACGUCAUCACUAACUAUUAAUGAAUCACCAUCGUGUCAGACGCAAUCUGGCUGUAUGCCUUAUGAUGGUGUUCCAAAUAAUGAUGCUGUUAGUAAUAGUAGCAUUCUUAAUGGAGGGAUUCGUGCUCGCAUGAGAUUACAUGAACCUAAACAUGUUGCAUCAUCUACAUUUCAUGGAACAUUACCAAAUGUUUAUCAGAACUCUACUUAUAGUAGUGGAAGUGAACAGGCUAAUGCCAAUAAGAAUAAUGAACAAAUUGAGCCUGCUGCAUCGAAUUCAUUAUCAAAUGGGCACGCAAUAUCGCCUGCAGACAAAUCCAUUGUAACAUUACCAGGACGUUUUACAGGAUCUUUGCCAGAUGGACGUCAAAUGUCUAGAAUAGAGCAUGUAUCAACAUCUGGUAUAGUAGAUGGAAGAUUUGGUACAUGUACAGAACAAUUUCCAAAGAUUUCUGUCUCGGAAAGUCGUAAUAUUUCUCAACUUGAACAAUCAACAGUAUUACCUGGAACAGUUGGAAUGUCUAGAUCAGAUCAAUUAACUGUAGUUAAUACAGAUAUAUGUUCACAUAGUAGAACAGACCAGCCUAUUUCUAAUGAACGUAACUCUCGAACAGAACAAUCUGUAACUGGUCCUCUUUCAGAUAGUUAUGGAACUAUGAGAACGGAUCAAGAUACUACUCCUUUAGUAGAUGGAUGUACAGUUUCUAGAGUAGAUCAACUUAGAAAUUCUGGAUUAACUGAUAGUCAGGGACAUUCUCAGACAGAGCAAUCUGUAGUAUUUACUUUAUCAGAUGGUUCUCAUUUAGAACAACCUACAGUGUUUCUUAUGACAGAUGGACGUGGAAUCGCACGUUCAGACCCAUCUUCGAUAUUAUCCUUGGAUGAUGCACGUAGAAUUUCUCGUACUGAACAAUAUACAAAUCCUACAACUACUCGUUCAAAUUCCCGAGUAGUACAACGGGUCGCUCCAUUAACAGGACAAACUACUAUGAUACCUGGUCAGUCAACUCAACCUGAAUCUUCAAUAGUACUUGCUGAAGUUGGUCCUACAAAUCAUUCUGAAGAGCCAUUAGCUCCUGGUUGGGAAAUGAGAUAUGACAUUUAUGGGAGAAGGUAUUAUGUUGAUCAUAAGACACGAAGCACUUCUUGGGAAAGACCACAACCUCUGCCACCUGGAUGGGAAGUUCGUAGAGAUCCAAGAGGCAGAAUUUAUUAUGUAGAUCAUAAUAGAAGAACUACAACAUGGCAAAUACCAAAUACAGAAAGAUUACAACAUUUUCAACACUGGCAAGGUGAAAGACAGCAUGUGGUACAACAAGGUAACCAACGGUUUCUUUAUCCUCAAGCACAUGGAAAUCAAGCAGCUAUAGCAGGACCAUCAACAUCAUCUAUAAUCGAUGAUGAUGAUGCUUUGGGACCAUUACCUGCUGGCUGGGAGAGACGUAAACAACCAGAAGGAAGAGUUUAUUAUGUAAAUCAUAAAAAUCGUACUACACAAUGGGAGGAUCCAAGAACACAAGGACAAGAAACUGGAAUUGAUGAACCACCAUUACCAGAUGGCUGGGAAAUGCGAUUAACUGAAGAUGGAGUUCGAUAUUUUGUAGAUCAUAAUACAAGAACAACUACAUUUCAGGAUCCAAGACCUGGAGCACCUAAAGGUCCUAAAGGUAUUUAUCGUGUACCAAGAGCAUAUGAAAGAUCAUUUCGAUGGAAAUUAUCACAAUUUCGCUUCUUGUGUCAAACUAAUGCAUUACCGAAUCACAUAAAAAUUAGUGUCAAUCGACAGACAUUAUUUGAAGACUCUUACCAUCAAAUAAUGAAUGCAGAAGCUUUUGCAUUGAGGCGCAGAUUAUAUAUCAUAUUUAAAGGGGAAGAAGGGUUAGAUUAUGGAGGUGUAUCAAGAGAAUGGUUUUUCCUAUUGAGUCAUGAAGUAUUAAAUCCAAUGUACUGUUUAUUUGAAUAUGCCAAUAAGAGUAAUUAUAGUUUACAAAUCAAUCCAGCAUCUUAUGUCAAUCCUGAUCAUUUACAGUAUUUUAAAUUCAUUGGAAGAUUUAUAGCAAUGGCUCUUUAUCAUGGUCGGUUUAUCUACAGUGGUUUCACUAUGCCGUUUUAUAAACGUAUGUUAAAUAAGAAAUUGGUUAUGAAAGAUAUAGAAUCCAUUGAUCCAGAAUUCUAUAAAUCUCUUGUAUGGAUAAAAGAAAAUAAUAUCGACGAGUGUGGUCUCGAAUUGUAUUAUAGUGUGGAUUUUGAAAUUCUUGGUCAAGUAAUACAUCAUGAAUUAAAAGAGGGUGGUGACAAAAUUAGAGUUAUUGAAGAUAAUAAAGAAGAAUAUAUUAGGUUAAUGACAGAAUGGAGGAUGACCAGAGGUAUAGAGGACCAAACUAAAGCAUUUUUGGAAGGUUUCAAUUCGGUUGUACCAUUGGAAUGGUUGAAAUAUUUUGAUGAACGUGAAUUAGAACUUAUGCUCUGUGGUAUGCAAGAAAUAGAUGUAGAAGACUGGCAACGCAAUACAAUUUAUAGACAUUAUACACGAAAUAGCAAACAAAUCUUAUGGUUUUGGCAGUUUGUAACAAGAACAGAUAGUGAAAAACGAGCUCGACUUUUGCAAUUUGUAACGGGUACCUGUCGAGUACCUGUUGGGGGAUUUGCAGAACUAAUGGGGAGCAAUGGUCCUCAAAGAUUUUGCAUAGAAAAAGUAGGAAAGGAUACAUGGCUACCUAGAUCACAUACAUGCUUCAAUAGAUUGGAUUUACCACCAUAUAAGAGUUAUGAUCAACUAGUAGAAAAGUUAAACUAUGCAAUUGAAGAAACAGAAGGUUUUGGUCAAGAAUAAUUAGAAAUAUACCUUAUGAAACGUAAUAUGCCACUGCCUAUGAAGCGAUGAAGACAAGUUUAGUAUAGUGGUACAAAGUUUUAAUGAUUUUAUUUAUCUUGUUCCCAAUAACAAGAUACAAUUGUUAAGUAAAGAAAUUUCUUUAAAUUAAUGAAUUGAAGACGUUUGUAUUACAUCUUUAUAAAAAAAUCCUUAUAUUCUUUUUAAUUGAAAAUGUUUUAUUUCAAAAUAUAUUUCAUUUAUUUUAUUAUGUUGUAAUGGAACCUAGACAUGUAAAAGUCGUAGAAAAUAUUAAUGAAAUGCACAGAAAAUAUUAACAAAUUUGUAUAUAUUUAGAAAAUAAAGUUUAUAAACAAUUCAUAGAAUAAAAUGAAAGCAAAGAUGCCAAAAUAAUUAUCUUAUAAUAAUUAAUUUUUUAAAGAUUAAUUUUAUUUUAUUUUCUUGUGUUUUUCUGUCCUAAUAAGAGUUAAAACGAUAAAAUACAUCCUGUCUUUUAAGUGUUAGAUAUUGAUGCUUUCUACGAUAUUUUAGUAACAGUCCCUAUGGAAGGACUUGAAAAUUACAAUAACAAAUGCUGUACAUAUUAAGCCAUUAAUAUAUUGUAUUUUAUGUGACAA